AUUUGCCCCACCUCCUCAUCUCCAAAUCGUGAUUUCUAUCCAGCUCAAUCUCUCCAUAUCGCCGCCGGUGUGCUCGUCCCCGCCGGCCACGGCGAUGCUUCUGUCCGCCUCCACUUGCGGCACCGCCGGCGCACUACGCAGGCUGUACGCACUCCUUGGCUGCCAAGCUUCUAGCCGACGGCGACGGUGUGUUGCGAAGCUAGCUCCGUCUUCUCGCCUGGGUUCACUAGAUGAGUCAAUCAACAUUUUCCCUGUGCUCCCUGUACAUUGUUGAUGCUUAAAUUUGAGCUGUAAAAAUCUGAACAAAGGCACAUCGCUUUCUUCUGAAUUUGUUCUCAUACAAGAUGUGGCCUAAACGAAUUUGAUGUGCCUCCAUGGUCAAGCUGCCGGGGCGCCGAGGAGCGUGGUCGUGGACAGGGCGGAAGAGCUGCGGGGACGGGGCGCCGGUGCUUCAGGGAUAGAGCGAGCAGGAAGAGUUGCAGCGGCGGCGGCGGCGGCGGCUCCGAGUCAGGAACAAAAAGGGGAUUCACAUUGCUUUAAGAUUCGUUCGUCCAGCUUUGAGGCGGCGAGAAGCAGAGCCGGAGGAGGAGGGGAAUCGGAGAAGAUGGUUCUUCUCGUGGUAGCGACGGCGUCCGACCCGGCGUCCAUCGGCCCCGCCGCCGCGUUCCUGGCUAUGCCUGGCUGGUCCCCCGGCCCGCCCAUCCCCGAGGGGAUGGAGAGCUUUACAAAUGGGAAUGUUAGGUUAUUGAAGCAUGAACGCAGCAUUGUUGCAGAGGAUGAUCUUGACCGUCGGUGGCAGGAAGCCACUGGAGAAGCUGUUUCCGAGGUCAUAUUCCUCAGCAAACACACUGCAGUCUCCAACCGCCCUGCGCUCACUGUCCAUCCAAUCGGUGUGCCACAUCUGAGGGAGGAUGAGACCCCCCCUCAAGGUGGGAGGCCUGGAUGGGCAGCGGUGCCAGACCCUCGAAUUGGCCCAUGGUUCCGGUUGAUGCAAAAGGUUGCUGCAGACCAAGGUCUUGUUCCAGAGUUUGAGAUCACACUUGAAGCUACUCACCAUGGACCACUUACCAGUACACCCACGAUGUUUGUUGAGGUAGGAAGUACACAAGAAUACUGGGGUAGACAAGAUGCUGCGCAGGCCAUUGCUCUAGUUCUAUGGAAAGGUCUUGGUCUUGAGGAAGGAAAUGCUGUUGGAACUUGGCUGGGGAGUGGUGAAAAGGUUCUACUAGGUAUCGGUGGUGGUCACUACGCCCCUCGUCAUAUGGAUAUUGUCAUCAAAGAUGGUGUCUGGGUGGGUCAUCUCCUGUCUGGUUACUCUUUGCCAAUGGACGCUCCGCCUCAAGUAAAUGGAAAGAGUUCUGGUGAGGUUGGUGGGAUGUGGAUGCAUUCCAUCAAAGUUUCGUAUGAAGCCACGAAGGCAGGAUUUCCUGGUGGUGAAGUUAUAGCACAUCUUGAUCAGAAGAGCUUCAAGGGCUGGCAAAAGAACGCCAUCACGAGCUAUUUGCAGGAGCAAAAUAUCAGGAUAGGAAAACCCAAUGAUUUCCUCUGCACAAAUACUUGACCACGCCCACAAGGCAAGUCGUCGAAGUGACUUCACCCUCCCUAGGGCUUGGCUCAUGCAAAUUGAGUAAAUAUAGAGCACUGUAUUUUGAUAAUCCGAUUUCAAGAUGUAGAGUACUCCCUCCCCAUUCAUCUUAGAAGGCCUGGCUUGUGCCAAAAGAGAAAAAAAAAAAAAAUAAGAGAGAGACGUAUCUUAAGGGCACGUUUGUCUGCCAGAAUACGCGUGCUUGUGGUUCGAAGAGUUGGCAGGCAAAUGGGGCUAUCAUUAUCCGUAUUUUAUUUCUAUUGACUGACUAGAUGAUGGUUGAGACUUUACAAAAAGAACAUGGUUGAGACUGGUA